AUGGCGAUUUUUUAUUUCAUUCGGGAACCGGGAAGUCUGUACGAAUGCGUCACUCUGAUUAGCCGGGUGCAGUUCGUCAUGGGCUGCACUGGAUUCUUUGAGCGUGGAGGCCGCUUUGUCAGCAACAAAUGGACGCGUCUCUACUCCCUGAGCUGUGCGUGCCUGGCACUAGUUGGCUUAAGUGCCACCAUCUAUGCUUUGGUGCGAACUGAACUGAUGCGAGAGCGAAUGCAGCAACUGGACAAGCUCGUACUGAGCAUCAUGGCCAUGGAACUGGUUCUCUCCUCACUUGUUUUCGUGAUCACAAUGCUCUCGCUGCACUCCUGGACGCAGCGUUAUGUGGCCAUCUAUCAGCAACUGGCUGAGAUCGAUAAACAGUUGAUAGUCGACUUUGGCGCCCGCAUGAACUACGGCAAGGUGCUGCGCAAACACAUUGUGGUGCUGUCCACGGUCGCAGUCCUGUACUUGGGCGCUGUGAACAUGGGUCUGGCGCGCCUAGCCGAGGGCCAUCAUUUGGAAAUCGUGGUGCCCGCUGCCCUGUGCUAUAUAAUUAUAACAGGUGGUCCGCAUCUAACGGGCUUUGUGCACAUGAGCCUGGCCGAGCUGCUGGGCAUAAGAUUUCGUCUGUUGCAACAGAUUUUGCAGCCGCAGCGACUGCUCAAGCCACAGCUGGAAAGACGCUUACGCUCUUUGGUCGACAUGGUUAAGCAGCUGCAUUAUCUGAUCAUGGAUAUCAAUGACGUUUACAAUCUCACCUUGUGGUGUGCCAUGGCACAUGAUUUUACCCUGAGCACGAGCGAGCUCUACAUCAUAUUCGGACGCUCGUCAGACAUAAGCGACAGCAACCAGGAUGUGGGCGAGACGAUGGGCGUGAUGCUAAUGGCUUUUCUCUCCAUCUGCAUGCUGGUGCCCGUCUACAAGAUGCUCAUCGCACCUGUCUACUGCAGCAGAAGCAUUGAGGAGGGCCGCAAAUGUUUGCAUUUGCUCGAGCAGCUUGACAACUGGUUUCCGGGGAAUCCAGCUAUCAAACAGCUCGUGGAGUCCAUAAUGCGCUGGCGUUUGCAGUACAAAAUCGAGUAUACGAGUGGCAGGAGCACGGUGCUCGAUAAAACCGUUAUUACCUUGUAUACCUCGAUUGUAUGCAACUAUUUGCUGGUGCUCAUCUCAUUUGCCAUGACGCAGCAGCUGGGCGAGCAAGUGGAACAGCAGAAGGUCGCUCUACAGGAUUGGAUAGGCAUUUAA